GGAAACUUUAUUCACCGUUGGGAACAAAAGAAGAAAAAGCACCGAUCUGAACGAUCUAAUGGAAGAAGAUGUUAACAAAGAUGUCAUUUCCCGAGUCUUCCAUUGUCCGCCCAAGCAGGUUAAGGAGCCCUUCCCCAGAGGGGCCUUCAUUUCAGGACUUUCUCCAGAGCCAGAAGGUAGAAAGAGGACUGGACCAGGAACGAGGGGAGGUAGGUUCUUAUCUCAAGUCGGCUACUUCCUGUCUCCAGACUCCUGUGAGCACCUGUCAGCGUUGUGCUGGGUCUUCCAUUUCCAGUGUGUUAAAGAAAGGGCGCGGGUUCGUUCUGAGGCUAAUUCCAUGCUCUACAAAAUAUGCAGUUCAGGGGUUUCCCAGCUGGCGUUUGAGACGAGAAAGAAGGGAAACCGCCCGAUUGUGCCCAAGGCCUUGGUUUCUCACAAAGAGCCUCAGCGCAGCCAAUCAGAAGUGGAGGAUUCCUCCCUUUAUAACCCGCAGGAGAAGCGCUCUCAGGGCUCUUGCUGCCUCCCCACCAUGGGCUCUCCGGCGCGCGCUCUCUUUUUGCUGACGGCCCUGGCGGCCCUGGCGGAGACCCGGGCGGGCUCUCACUCCAUGAGGUACUUCGACACCGCCGUGUCCCGGCCCGGGCUCGGGGAGCCGCGGUUCCUCGCCGUGGGCUACGUGGACGAUCAGCAGUUCGUGCGCUUCGACAGCGACAGCGCGAGUCAGAGUGAGGAGCCGCGGGCGCCGUGGAUGGAGAAGGUGAAGGACGUGGACCCGGGAUACUGGGAGCGGAACACACAGAUCAGUAAGGAGAACGCACAGAUUUACCGAGUGGGCCUGCAGACCCUGCGCGGCUACUACAACCAGAGCGAGGGCGGGGCCCACACCUUCCAGCGCAUGUACGGCUGCGAGGUUUCCCCGGAGCUCUCCUUCCAGCGCGGGUUUCUUCAGUUCGCCUACGACGGGCAGGACUACAUCGCCCUGGACACGGAGACCCUCACGUGGACGGCUGCGCAGAACGAGGCAGUGAACACGAAGCGCAAGUGGGAGGCGGAGAGGAGCAUUGCGGAGAGAGAUAAAGCCUACCUGGAGGAAACGUGCGUGCUGUGGCUGAAGAAGUACCUGGAGAUGGGGAAGGAGAGUCUGCAGAGGGCAGAUGCCCCUUCUGCCCGAGUGACCCGGCACAGCACGCCCAGUGGGGAGGUGACCCUGCAGUGCCGGGCCCAGGACUUUUACCCCUCGGAGAUCUCUCUGGCCUGGCUGAGGGACGGGGAGGAGCAGCACCAGGACACAGAGUUCAUCGAGACCAGGCCUGCCGGCGAUGGGACCUUCCAGAAGUGGGCGGCUGUGGGGGUGCCCUCGGGCCAGGAAGGGAGAUACACCUGCCGAGUUCAGCACGAGGGGCUGCCUGAGCCCCUCACCCUGAAAUGGGAGCCGGAGUCCUCAUUGCCCUGGAUCAUCGUGGGGGUCCUUGCCGCUGUCCUCCUCCUCACUGCGGUCAUUGCUGGAGCUGUGGUCUGGAGGAAGAAGACUUCAGGUGGAAAAGGAGGGGACUAUGUUCCGGCUGCAGGCAAUGAUAGUGCACAGGGGUCAGAUGUCUCUCUGACAGCCAAAGCUUGAGAGAACUGCCGUGUGUGGACCUGAGAAAGAAAACAAGGAUAUUCACAUCCUGAUUCUUGUCUUGUUCCUGCUGACCUUUGCCUUCCCUUCCCAGAUUGGCCCCUGUGAUCAUCACUGUACUUACUCUACAGAGCAAAUUCAAAGAAGCAUCUCUAAUGCUCUUAAUUAUCUAAGGCCUCCCAAACCUUCCUUCUUUCUUUCUACCUGUUUCACUUUUUAAGCAGUAAAACUAGCAAUAAAAGCCAAAAGGCUUUGGAAAUGAUCUUUCCUUAACAUGUUUUUUUUUUAAUUUAUCUAUUUUAAUACACAUUGCUUUAUGAAUCAGAUUGGUAGAGAAAAAUCAGGAAAAAAAGGGAAAAUACAUGGGAGGGGAAAAAAUUGAUGUACCAUGUGUUGAUUUACAUUCAAUCCCCAUAGUUCUUUUUUCUGGAUCCAGAUGGAAUUUUCUAUCCAAAGUCUAUGGGGAUUGCCUUGGAUCUGCUUAUCUUCUGUUGGUUCACUAAACUCUGAUAUUUUUCUAAUGGAAAAAAUUUGCACUGUGAAUGAGUUUUCUUGAAUCUUCAACUUUUCUCUGCAAUUUCAAUUGACCUUUGUUUUGUUGUGGUUUUGGGGGAAUGGGAUGACAAUGUAGAGAUGUUCUGACGGUUUGAAGGAGAAAAUAAAGCUUUAAGACUUAAGAAUUC